CAGUAAAAAAGGCAGAGAUAGCCCAUCUAUGAAUACUUAAGGGAUUGACCCCUGGGUCUCUCUUCAGUCUGUCUGAAACCAGGCUUGGAUCCAGGAUUUUUAAGAAGAUGUGCUCAUCACAAAUGGGACAGGCGAUCCCAAGCCUGUAAAAUAUGGUUCCUGAAAGCCUGCAGGGCCGGGCAUUGAUAAUCCAGUCUUUCCAUGGAUGGUAAUGAGCACUAAAUUCAAGAUCUGCACGUACACCAUCCAAGUCAGAUAGGUCUUCUAAGACCUUCGGUUGUGCAUCUAUAAGAAUGUGAUCUACCAUGCUCAUCCUCAGGCUGCUCAACCUGGUGGCUCCGGCUUACUUCGUGAGCAUCUCCCUGGUAACCUUCAUCCUGCAGCUGUUCCUCUUCCUGCCCAGCAUGUUCGAGGACCCUUCGGCGGCCCCACUUUUCUCUCCGGCUCUUCUGCACGGGGCCCUCUUCCUCUUCCUCUCUGCCAACGCCCUGGGCAACUACAUCCUCGUGAUCCGGAACUCUCCCGAGGACCCGGGCACCUGCGGGAACCCGGCGGCCGGCGGGGCUGGACCGGUGGCGGGGAGGGGAGAGGGGAGCAGGAAGCCCCUCGCCCACGGGGCUGGCACUCACUUCUGCAGACUCUGCUCGCGAGCGACCCUGAGGCACGACCAUCACUGUUUCUUCACAGGCAACUGUAUCGGUGGCAGGAACAUGCGUAACUUCAUCAUGUUCUGCCUCUAUACUUCCCUGGCUUGCCUGUACUCCACGGUGGUCGGCGCGGCCUACAUCUCGACCGUCCUUUCCAUCUCCUUCGCCCACCCUCUGGCCUUCCUCACGCUCCUGCCUCACUCCGUCAGCCAGUUUUUCUCAGGAGCUGUCCUUGGUUCCGAGAUGUUCGUCAUCCUUAUGCUGUACCUCUGGUUUGGGAUCGGACUGGCCUGCGCUGGUUUCUGCUGCCAUCAGCUCCUGUUGAUACUACGAGGGAAAACCCGCCAUCAGCUCCCCCAACCCCCCGCUUCCUUCCCACCCCCAUCUCUCUCCUUUCCAACAGUAUUUUCCCCGGGCUGGCUGCUUUCACACCUUUACCAAGAGGCAGCUUGGAGCAACCGAGAAAGACAAACACAGGAUGGAAAAGUAGAUGAGAAGUUGAGUAAGGGAGGGGUAUAGGGGUGUGUGUGUGUGCACACCCAUAUGUGUGUGUGUUCAGAGAAAAAGGACAAGGGAAUGAGUGGGUGGUUGGAUUUGUGGGUGGGAGGGUGUGAGAGCACACAGGAGAGAGCUGUGAAAGUGCGUGGAGAUGGUUAGGUUGGGUGUGUGUGUACGAAAGGAUGGGAGAUUGAGGAGCAAAAAGUGCCUGGAAGAGGCAGGGUGAUCCUACGUGGGCAGGAAGGGGGAUCCAGAGAGGGAGGCUUUGAAAAGCUGCAACUCACAAAUUCAGUGGGGCACAGAAACAAGGAAAGAGGGGUGUGUGUGUGUUUGUUUGUUUAGAUUAAGUUGCGACUGGGGAAGGUACAUAGGAAGACCAGACUGGAGAUGGUCCUGGACGAUGCUGAGAGGAGGUGAGAGGGAUGUGAUGUUGGAUUAAGAUGUGAGUCAAAAGGAUUUAUGGAGGAUCACUCUGAGGGGUAAUGAGACAGCAUGACUGUGGGGAAGGAUCCAGUGAGGAGAGAAUGGAGGUUGUCGGUGAACCUUCUGUUUGCAUGCCAAAUAAUAAUAACAAAAAUGGUACUUGUGAAGCAUUUACCACGUGCCAAGUAUUGUAGUAGCCCUAACCCUUACCAUAAUCAGGGUGGACAGAUACCCAAGAGUGCAGAGCUGGCUCCAGUGGAAGAAAGAUGAGGCUCUGGAGAGGGUGGGAUUUGUGGUACAUAUGUGGUCAGUGAAUCUAAUGGGGCACCUAGGUGGCAGAGGGCAGUUGGUAAGACCCUUAGGGAUACCCAAGGGGAAAUCAGAUGGAUGUGGACAACAGAGGGGCCAUAGCAAAACCACACAGAUCUUGUUCAAGACAUUGCGAUCCACACGGAAAAGAGAGAGAAAUUCCAAAUAUAGCAACAAAGGUUAGAAUAGGCUUUGCAGUUAUUGUGCACUAGUCUCCAAAAUACUUUGGCCUAAAUCUAUCUCUAGAGAUUUCAAACCCAUAAAGGGUCUCAGGCCAGCUUUUAUAGGUUCACUUUGUCAGCAUUUCCCUUAAAAUGAACUUCAAACAUCAGGAGUGUUUGACCGAGAGUUGAGAAGUAGUAAUUCAAAGGAUCCCCAGAUAUUCUGCACCCAUCAACCGACAGCAUCUCUGGAGGGCCUACUGUGUGCAAAGCACUGAACUAAGCGCUUGGGAGAGUUCAUUAGAAGUGAAAUUAACCAACAAACUCUCUCGAUUACAACCCCAUUUUCCCAAGGAUGUGCAUUAGCCGAUCCUCAACUGCAUCAGAACCCAGGCCAUGAGUCCGGGGUUGCUUUGGAGUCGCUUGCCAGUCUUGUUGGUCUUGAUACUGUGGGGAGCUCUUUUUUGGCCCGAGACAUGGGGACGCUCCUGGCACAGCUCUUCAUCACGUUGGAGCAGAGAAGAGUGAUCAGUGGUGUCCUUUCCCCUCCGGAAACCCUCGGCCACCUUGAGCUUCCCAGACCUUGACUGCCAAGGGAGGAAGAGAAGUCUGAGAAAGCCUCGGCCCUCUUGCCCGUGGCGAAACCUUCAAACUCAUCUCAGGCUUUGGGACCAGCUGGGAAAAGCGACCCGUGGAUAUGAGUGAUCACAGCGAAUCUGGGCGAGCACAAGAAGCAGGGAGCAAAGGGAAGAGGAGGCGGGGCCCCGGCAGAUAAAGCCUCGCACAGGAACAGAGCAGCAUUCCAACACGUGACACUGUCUUUCCAUCAAUGAGCAACAAUAAAGUGUUUGGUUUUUUUGUUUUUA